AUGCCACAAGCGGGUCCCUACAGCUGCCUGGUGUACAAGCUGCUGGUGCUCUGCAGCCUGAAGGCUACUGCUGCCUUUCUUAAUGCCUCUCCACUGUUGAACCCCAGCUGGGGCAGCACAGAUCACCUGAUGCACCUGUACACAGCGACGGAGAGGAACAGCUUCCACCUCCAGAUCAAUGCUGAUGGCUACAUUGAUGGUGUCCCGCACCAAACCAUUUACAGUGCCCUAAUGAUCAAGUCUGAGGGUGCUGGCUAUGUAAUAAUCACUGGAGUGAAGAGUGGAUGCUACCUAUGUAUGGACAUGAAAGGAAAUAUUUUUGGAUCGCAUUACUUCAGCCAAGACGACUGCGUGUUCAAACACAGGACCCUGGAAAAUGGAUAUGAUGUGUACCAAUCUCCUAAACACAAUUUCCUGGUUAGCUUAGGCAGAGUUAAACAAGCUUUCUUCCCUGGUAUGAAUCCACCACCAUACUCCCAGUUUUUGUCCAGGAGAAAUGAAAUUCCUUUUUUCCGAUUCAAUACACCUCAGCCCCACAGGAACACCAGAAGUGCAGACAUUGAUCCAAUGGAUCCUCACCAUAUCUUGGUCCCCCAGAGAAAAGUUUCUGUACUAGGAUCCCAGUUGCAAUUGCAAGCAGACCAUGUUCCCAGAGAACCUAUGAGAAUCAAUCAGAAUGAUGUGGUCAACUCAGAAGACCCACAUGCUAUGAUGGAUGCCAGAAGGCAUGUGAGCCCUCGUUUCUAUAUUACAAGAUAA